GAUCAAUCAUACAACAACCAUCACAUCUGAGAAUCGUUGAAAUCGCAAGGAUACUACCGGAUUAAACUGGAGAGAGCGACAACGAGCCGAAUCAUUGCUUCGUAGCAAACAAUCUGUUUCACUAAAAACCUCAAAAUUAUCGCACAAUGUCUCGGUAUCAAGGAAAAUUUGCUGGCAGUAGCAACCAAAAUUCGUCAUGGGCACAUUGGUCGGAUAAGGAUAUAGGAACCAUCAAACGUUUGGUAAUAGAACAUCCCCAAAAAGAUUGGGAGAAACUCCAAAAAUUGUUGAGGGAUAAACGUUACCAACUCACUGCAAGUUGUGAAUUGCCAGAGAUCAGGGCCGAAGUGAACACUACAUAGCAGAAGAUCGCCGAUGAGACGGUAUUUGACGAACAACAAUGGAGAAACUUGUGUAUAGAACGGGCUUCUAAAAAUCCGACUCGAUUUAGAUACGAUGCCAUUUGUACAAAAUAUUUUCCAGGACUUCCGAUGAAAAGUCUUGAGAUAAAGUACAAUGAAUUGGAUUAUCAGAAAAAAAACAAAUAUAAGCAAAGAAUUGAGGAUAGUCAACCGGAAAUUAGUUCAAAUACGCCACCAGGGGGGUAUUCUUUGAAUAUGAUUCCAGAAAAGAAUUCUGAAUACGUCUAUGCUACUUGGCUCGAAGGGAAAGAGAGGAAACUGAUGAAUGAUGAUCAAUAUAUAUACACAUAUUUUCUGAAGCACAAUUUCAAGAAUCUUAGAACAACAACCAUAAAGAAAUUCGUCACGGUAUUGAAGAAAAAAAACGCACCGGUACCUAGUUCUAUUCCUGCCCCUCCUACCCUGAAAGAUAUCUGGUGGAAUCAAGAGAAUCUCGAUUAUCUCAGGAAUAUCGGGGAAAACGAACUUGACAGCGUUUUUCACGGAGACUGGGAGAAGGUGAAUCAAUAUCGCUUCGAAAGCUUGGCAUACAAUCAUACUAUGCUCUUACAGAAGUAUGCUGCUCUACGGCUUGGUAGAGUCACGGCGAAAGUUGACGCGCCGGUAAAUCUUGCAAAUCUCGAUCAGGGGAAUCAGGGGAAUCAGGGGAAACAGGGAAAACAGCGGAAACAGCGGAAGCAGGGGAAAGAGGAGAAACAGGGAAAACAGGAGAAACAGGACAAAGUUUUCAAACGGGCCCAUGGGCUGAAAAACAUUGUGUGGGAUACUGCAAAUGAUAAUUUUGCAUUAGAAUACUAUACAUAUUGUAAGGGAAAGGGAUCUAGAAGUGAUGAAGGGGUAGACUGCGGCGCGUUUCUGAAAGCCCAUGAUUUUACAGAUACUUUAGCGAUGGUGUAUGAGCGCGGCAGCAAACUUUACAAAAGCGGAACAAAGCAAAGCGAAGAAGAGAUAGACCUAAGAGCCGGACCACCGGGACAAUACUUGAUGGAUUUGGAGGAUUGGGAAUUUCAUAAAUUCCUCUGUGAUACCUCGGAUAAUCAUCCGGGGGAAAUCACAGACCUGAUGAAGAAUCACAUGCCGCGAUGUGCGAAUGAUCCAGCUGAAAUAUACAAUUUACGACUGCAUUUUUGGAACACGACUGGACAUGAACAUGUAGAAUUUCCAUUGAAGAUCCAUCAGUCUUCCACAAAACCUGAUUCUAAGCUCGAGAAAUCUAGUGCGAAAAAGUCAUCGGCCAAAAAAACAACCGCAUCAGGUAGUGGAACAUCAAAGCCAUCCAGUGCAAAUGCAUCUGUAGUAAGUGAUUUUGAUGAAGGAAGAUGGAGACCGCUACAUGUUACAGAUCAAAAUCCCGAGCGGCGAAAUCGUUCUCGAUCAAGAUCCGCAGGGCCAGAUCCACGAAGAAGCACAUCUCUUGCGCUUCGACAAGGUUCUCAAUCUAGUUCAGAUGGUCGCAAUGGGCGUUCAAGAUCUUCAAGUAGAAGGAGAGAGCCUGAUCAAAGAGACCGACGAGAUGGCCCUUCUAAGAGCACUACUCGUAAAUCAGCGGGUAAACGACCUGCUAUACCAUCUGAAGGUGGAGAUGGUAAGCGAAAGAGAUAGAAUUGACCCGCUAAGGGAUUAAAGGAAGAUAGGAAUUGCAUGGGAUAACCCUUUUUCAUAGCAGUCAAAAUACACUCGAUUUGUAAAUCUAAGAUACCGCA